CAUUUUACCUGAGCUGGAGCAGCAAGCCCGGGAACAAGACGAAACAGGUGAAAUACUGGAUUCCCGUACAUCAAGCAGCCAUCAUGUCCUUCAAUUGCUACACGCCGAAGGAGGCGAUAGAGAUCGUCGGGCGGGCAGGUUACUUGAAAGCUAACAUGCGCCUGGAUAAAAUAUUCCUCUCGGCUGUGAAUGCUGGCUUUGUUCUUGCUUUCGCGUGUGCAACUGCCUUGAGCACGAAUUCUUCUCCAUGGUAUCAGGAAAAUGCACCCGGUCUCAUUCGAACCUUGUCAGCUGUGAUUUUUCCUUACGGCCUGUGCAUAAUCGUGGUUACUGGCCUUGAUCUAUGCACAGGAAGCUUCAUGUUUACCGCCGUUGCUGUCUUCCAAAAGCGCCUCAGCAUCGUCAAAAUGCUCAUACACUGGUUCGUAACGUUCUUUGGCAACCUCGCUGGGUCGCUCUUCGUCGUAGCUAUCAUCACUGGCUAUGGUGGUGUAUUCGACUCUGCAGUAUACAAGAAAGAAGCAAUCGCUUUUGCAACUACGAAGCAAGUAACACCGGAAUGGCACAUGAUUUUUCUGAGAGCCAUUGGCGCAAAUUGGCUAGUGUGCUUGGCUUGCUAUCUUGGAAUGAUGGGACGGGAUUUUGCUUCGAAGAUCAUUGGAAUCUGGUGGCCAACAUUCGGUUUCGUGUCUUUAGGAUUUGAUCACGUCGUCGCCAAUAUGUUUUUCGUUCCCAUGGGCAUUUGGCAAGGCGCUCCAAACAUCACCGUUAAACUCUACAUCUGGAAGGGCAUAAUUCCAGCAUUCAUCGGUAAUGUCAUCGGUGGUGGUCUCUUUGUUGGUGUACUGUACUGGUAUUUGCACGCACAAGGAGAGGCACCGAUCACCAUCGAUGGAUCGAUCUUCCAAGCUGGUCAUUCUGUUAUCGAUGCUGAAAGGGGCAUUCGAACUCCUGCCGAACCAGAUGUCGAGAGCGGGCCAUCCGAGAAGAAAGAAAGCACGGUUGUGUAAGUCACGGUUGUAAACGCGUACAUUGGCCAUGACCAUGGUUUAUGAUUCUACAGACGUUGUGCCAACACGAGAGAGGCCAAGUUGUUUCUAGAGGAGAUUCGAUUGUGAUCACUAAUUCUUGAUCCGGAAUGCAAAAAAUUUCAAAAAGUCGAAAUUUGACUCCCAAGUCUACAGAGCGUUCAAUUGAAAAAGAGACAGCAUUUAUAAAUCAAUAGUCUAGUCA